UUGUCAGUUAGCGCGGGAAUAUCGGUUGAUCACGACCUAACCUCAGUCGCGCCGUGUGUGUUUCGUGAAUUUGAAUUCGACUCAAUCAUUUUUACCUUUUUACCUUUGCGUGCUUAUUCUUGUGUUACUUUUAAUUUUCCCUGUGGUUUUUGUGCUCCAUCUGAGAUUAGUCCCAACCAUGCCUGCAGAUGAAGAAUUAAGUUCCAUCCUUAACAGAAGGCAGCAAAUUAACGAUGCUCUCGAUGAGGGAAAAUCUGUCGCCCCUCAGUUCAAAAAAGUUAAUUGCAACGUGUACACAGAGUUCCAAGAAUUCUCCAGGAAACAAAUCAAAGAAUACGAGAAAUCAUUCAACAGUUAUGAUGAGGGGCGCGACGGAUUUCUGGACAUCGGAGAACUGAAGAUAAUGAUGGAGAAAUUGGGUGCCCCACAGACGCAUCUCGGACUCAAAGCCAUGAUCAAAGAAGUCGACGAGGACGGAGACAGUAAAAUCAGUUUUCGAGAAUUUCUGCUGAUUUUCCGGAAAGCAAAUGCUGGUGAGCUGCAGGAAGAAAGUGGAUUAGGAAAAUUAGCCAAACUGACUGAAGUUGAUGUUGGUCAAGUAGGAGUUAAUGGAGCAAAAUCUUUCUUCGAAGCCAAGAUCGAAGAAAUCAGGCGAGGAAGCAAGUUUGAGGAUGAAAUAAGAGAAGAACAAGAAGAGAGGCGGCGAGAAGAAGAAGAAAGGUUGAAAAGGAAAACAGCCUUUAAAGAACGGGCAGCACUUUUCCAAAAUGGGAGUGUUGAAGCACGAUAAAUAAAUGUCACAUUGUACUCAAUUUGUCCGAAAAUUUACCAUUUAGCUUUUAAGUUUGAGUUCGGUGUGAUUCGUAGAUAGCACCGAGAGCAGCAAAAGUUUAAGCAUUUUAAGUUCCUAGAAAUUUAAAGUGUGUAACUAAACUAACUAACGAACAAAGUUUUGGCAGGUGCGCACCAUCGGCUAGAGAAAUAUUGCGCUCCUUUUUGUGUUAGAUGAUUGUGGUUGAUCUUUUUAGUUUGGUAGCAUCCUCUUGACACGAAAUUAUUACAAAAGAUAUUCCUGUAUUGUCCUUAAUCAUUAUGAGAAAUAAUAUUCAGUAUUCACUCGGUGGAUAAAUAACAGUUUGCCACCAAUUACCUCAAUUGUGUUGAAUCAGUCCAAAGUAAAAGCCAGUCUUAUGGUCUAGCUGGUCUAGCCAGUUUCUUAAUAUUCGGAGGAAUUAUCCUUCUCUAAAUUUUUUACUUAAUUAAAAAAUUCGACCUCAAACCCAGAAAGUGUUAAGGUCCAAAAGAGGAUCUCAGUAGAAGAAAUAAGUAAUAAAACUCCCAAAACUGGCAAACAAGUUCAGAACCAUGAAAUUUCCAAUAAUCGAGGCAUUUGUUUGCACUGAAAGUUAAUUUUUUUUAAAUUUAUCUUAAUUGAGUGUCAGUGUCCAAUUGAAUGUGCGUAGGUAUUUUUUUACAACACAAUUUUUACAAUCUUUUAACAUUUGACUAAUGAUGACGUUGUAAAAAAGCCUCAUCUACUUAUUUCCUGUAUAUCCUGUAUCCUCCAGGAACAAUUUGAAAAUCGCAUAUUAGUUCUUUCCUUGAUAUCAAUCUGUUGUGAAUUUGAUCAAUUUUGCCGUGUCAAUUUUUUGCUAAAUCUUCAUUAUCGCAUAGUGCUAACAAUUGUGUACUUUAUAUCAACUUCUUAUCUUUAAGUUUCAUUACCUCUGCGGUGUUUUCAUUGUUUUAGGUUAAAUACCAUCUGUAGUAAUUAGUGAUUUUACACUUUUUAUGACUCACGGUCUUAACGGGAAGACACACUUUAACACCGCCAUACUAACAUAACUGUAUUCAGUCAUUGACGAUUUAAAGUUUCUGAUGUUACAGCACUCGUGCAAAGCUGUUUCGUGUAUUCACAGGAGAAAAGAAUCCACCUCUGAAUUUUAAUUCUGUAUCCUGUAAGGGAUUUACUUUCCACGUCAUUUUAAAACCGACUGGAGCAAUGUCUGUCAAAAAUUUCCUAGUUAUUUAUGCCUGGUCUCAUUAAAUAUAACUCAUGCUGAAAUUAUUUUGUAUACAAAACCUACCGCUAAUGCCGCACCCUAAUCCAUUUUGCUAUAGAAGAAUUUCCUCUCUCAUGUCUGUCACUUUAUGAAUUAAGUGUACAGUCAUUCAGUGCUGCUACUAAAACUAUCCAAACUCACAAUUUCUCAUCUAAUAACUGCCAGCUAGAAUCAAGUGCAUUACUUUUGUUGUCAAGAAACUUAACAACUAUAUUAAAAACUAUCAAAUUAUGAAAUAGCUAUGGCCAUUAAACAUUAAUAAGCACUACUACCUUUUCUGUUAUGAUGUUCAUAGCCACUAGCCAUCAGUAAUUUUUUUUUUUUUUAAGUACUGAUACCUUUUUUUUCUUUCUUUUUACCUCCUCGUGGAAAAAAUGGUUUGCAUCAGAGAUACAUAAUGGGUAUGUCAGUUGGCUUUACCUAAUUAUUUUGCAUCCCUUACCUACCAAAUUAGGGCCACAACAUACCUUGGUUUGCUUCUCAGCCCUAAACCAGUAGGUAUGGGACACGAAAAGUUAGGUAACCCGACCCUAAUUGACCUAUCCGUCUCCUGUCUCCAAAGCAAACUCGUUUUUUCCGUAUUUUGAGAAAUUUGUACAACUUUAACUAGGCACAAUUCCUCUUUAUUUUAGAUUAAAAUUACUUAAAAAUAAGAUUUAACACAACCUUUUUGCUAGUCUUCGUAUUUAUAUGUACCUACUUAUUAGCAGUAAUGAAGAUUUUUAGGAGUGUAAUCCUUUCUAUUAAUAAUUAAUUUUCAAUUUAAAAGCUCAGCUAAGGCUUAGCGUUGAACCUUGGCUUUCAACUUGUGCAGUUCAUAGACAAGCCAGAACGUAGAAUGAUAGAGAUAAAAAUUAUAAGAAUGUAUAUUUUUCUAUACAUGUUGUGACUUAUGUAGUUUAAUUUUGUAGUCUCAGAUCUUUAGAUCAUAUCAUUUUCUUUGUUUUACUCUUGGACUUUCUUAGACGUGAAGUUUACUUUCAAAUUACGAAGUUGAUCAGUCAUUCACAGCCAGUUUUUUUUCUAAGUGCAACAUUAUUUUUUUUUUAUUUUUUGAAACACGGUGAACUGCAUUACCCUGAAUCAUUUUGAUACCCUGUAUGAACACCAUGCUUACUUUAAUUCUAGAUUCAGGCUUCUUUGGGAACUAAUAUGUAAUAUGUACACGAACAACCUUAAUAGAAACUAUUGUCCAAUCAGAGUGCAAACAAGUAAAAUUCUCAAGCUUUGCUCCAAAGAGAACUUUCAUUGAGAUCAUGGACAAUUGACUUUUUUCUUUUAGUGAAACUUAAAUCAAGUAGGUUUUUGAAUGGUUGCACAAAAAUUAUUACUGAAUCAUAUCUCAAGUUUAGAAUUUUUAAACAUUUUAAAGAUUGUACACCCAUGAAAAUUGAUGUACAAAAAAAAGAGGAAAAAAGCAGGAGAUUAUACCCAAACUUAAAGUUAAAAUGUAUCAUCUCAGUUGUAAAUUUAUUAUUCUUAUAGUGUUUUUUUUUUUUUUUUUAUUAUCAUUGUUAAUAAUGUUUUAACUGUUCAGCUAAUCUAAUCUUGUGUUAUUUCUAAAACUUUUACAAUUAUUUUUGUGAUCAACUGUAAUCGUUUACUUGGAUCAACUGUAAAAUGAUCUGAUUCAUAAAAACUGUUACCAUUUAAA